GCAGGACACAUCUUUUUCUAUGGCUGGGAGACUGCAGCUCUCAUGGCUGUUCCUCAUCCUCAUUCUCCUUCUGGUGGGACUGCAAGGAGAGCCCAGGGACGCAGCACAAAGACGGGACAAGAGCAGCGACCAGCCUCGUAUGCUGUCAGAGGGUGGUCACCUCGUCUUUACAACCGGUGACAAUAACGAGAUCCGCUUCCAGACGCCAGCAUCUGGCCGGGUUAAAGUCAAUAAUGAGGACCUCACCCAACUUCUGAAUCAGAUCAAAACCAACAAAGAUGACAUUAAUGACAUCAAGACUAACGGAGGUGGAGUUCCCCCUGAUAUCACCAACAAACUAAACCAGCUUGAUACCAAGGUGUCAGCACUCGAGACUAAAGUGGAUGCACUUGAAUCGACAGUCCACAGGGUGUCCUGCAGCAGUAAUCUCUGUCAGAAUGGAGGAACAUGUCUGAACUUACUCAACUCAUACCACUGUGUGUGUCCCAACAACUGGGCUGGUCCUAACUGCACGACAGAUGUGAAUGAAUGCCAGGUGUAUGCAGGAACAUUUCAGGGUUGUCAGAAUGGAGCAACCUGCGUCAACACCCCUGGAUCGUUCACUUGUAGCUGUUCUCCAGAAUGGUCCGGGACUCUUUGUACGGUGCGGUUUGAUGACUGCAGGAAUGCAGGACAGGACCUGUGUGUACAUGGCACGUGUAUUGAUGCAGACCGGGUUACACCUGGACAGCCUAAAUAUCAGUGCAUUUGUGAGAGCGGUUGGGAAGCUCCAGCUGGGAAUCCAUCCUGUGUGGCUGAUGUUAACGAGUGUAACCUACCCAACAAACCUUGCUCCACCAACCCCCCUGUUCCCUGCUACAACACUCAGGGUUCCUUCUACUGUGGACCCUGUCCUGCAGGUUGGCAGGGCAAUGGCUACAGCUGUCAGGAUGUGGACGAAUGUUUGACCAAUAAUGGCGGCUGCUCCACCACUCCUGUGGUACAAUGCCUGAACACCAUGGGCUCCUUCCAUUGUGGUCCCUGCCCUCCAGGUUAUGAGGGCGAUGGGAGAACAUGCACCCAGGCCAAUAUCUGUGCUACCAACAAUGGAGGCUGUCACCCAUUGGCCACUUGCUCCUCAACCCCAGGCACAAGCCUUCCUGUAUGCACCUGCCCUCCAGGCUACACAGGAAACGGUUAUGGACCAACAGGUUGCACCCAGACCAGCAACGUCUGUCAGACCAACAACCCCUGUGUCAAUGGACAGUGUGUGACCACCACCUCGGCUCCUGGAUACAUGUGCAACUGUAACCCUGGCUGGCAAGGACCACUCUGUGACCAGAAUAUCAACGAGUGCUUAAGCAACCCCUGUCAGAAUGGAGGAACCUGCACCGACGGCAUUAAUGGAUUCACAUGUACUUGCACUGCCCAGUGGACUGGCCCGCUCUGCCAGACCUCACAGCAAGAGUGCGGAGGUUACCUGACUGGCCCCGCUGGUUCCUUCAGUUAUCCCAACACCCCAGGUCACGAUCAUUAUGAUCACAAUGUCAGCUGUGCCUGGGUGAUCCGUGCCGACUCACACAAGAUUCUGCGUAUUACCUUUCCAUUCUUCCAUCUGGAGAGCAGCACCAACUGCAACUUUGACUUCCUUCAGAUCCAUGAUGGCGAUAGUGCCUCUGCUUAUAUGAUCGGAAAAUACUGUGGCCAGAAUAGCCCAGCGGAACUCUACAGCUCCCACAAUUCCUUAUAUUUCUGGUUUCGUGCCGACAGCUCUAUCAAUGCUGGUGGCUUCACAGUUGCUUGGCAGUCUCAGGACCCAGUGUGUGGAGACGAUCUCACUGCUCCCUAUGGAAGCAUUAACUCACCUGGUUACCCUGGAAACUACCCACCCAGCCGAGACUGCUACUGGACAGUGACAGUGGAACCUGGCUUGCUCAUCACCUUUGCAUUCGGGACGCUCAGUCUGGAGCAACACCCCAACUGUAACUUCGACUUCCUGGAGAUCCGGGAUGGUCUUCUACCUGAGGACCCAGUUCUGGGAAAGUUCUGCAGCACUGGAUCACCUCCCCCCCUGCAAACCACUGGUCCAGCUGCAUGGAUCCACUUCCACUCCGACUUUAGUGUUUCUGACCGAGGCUUCCACAUUACAUACACAACAUCCCCAAGUGACCCUGGCUGUGGUGGCACCUUCACUGACAGUGAGGGCAUCAUCAUCUCUCCAAACUGGCCCAACAACUACGCCCACAACCGCCAGUGUAUCUAUUUGAUCAGGUUGCCAGCGGGUGAGAAGGUGGCGCUCAACUUCACUCACAUGAACCUGGAGAUUCACAGCAGCUGCACCUUUGACUAUGUAGAGGUUCGUGACGGCAGGACGGAGACUGAUCCUCUGAUAGGAAGGUACUGUGGGAGCGUCCUGCCGGCUCCCAUUCUCUCGUCCUCCAACUUCCUGUGGGUUCGUUUCAGGUCCGACAGCUCGGUCAGCAGGGCUGGUUUCAGGGCUGUCUACACUGUUGGUUGUGGAGGCACUUUGUCUGGGACUGGGCAGAUACGCUCUCCCUACCACCCCAACGCCUAUCCCCACAACAAGGUCUGUGAGUGGGUCAUUAACCAGCCAGAGGGCUAUGUGGUCACCCUCAACUUCCUGUCAUUUGACGUGGAGGGAGGCUCCUGCCGUUACGACUCUGUUGAGGUCAGGGAUGGCUCCACCUCUAGCUCUCCUCUGCUGGGGUUGUUCUGUGGUGUCAACAUGCCCCCCCUGCUCCAGUCCACUCAGAGAUCGAUGUACAUCCGCUUCAAGACAGACUCCUCCGUCAGCAACAACGGCUUCGAGGCAGCCUAUGGCUCUGCGUUGGAGGGCUGCGGUGAUACCUUGACCACUCCCACAGGCACCAUCACAAGUCCUGGCCACCCCUCCAGUUACCCCCAUGGUGCCAACUGCACCUGGUACAUCAGUGUUUCCCCGGGCAGCCUGGUUCGACUGUCGUUUGACUCCUUCAACCUGGAGUACCACAUCAACUGUAACUAUGAUUACCUGGAGGUGUACGACAACGGCACUGUGCAGACUGGAACAAAGAUCGGAAGGUACUGUGGGCGCUCAGUGCCUCCAUCCAUCACCAGCACUGACAGCCUGCUCACCCUGCUGUUUGUGUCUGACUCAAGUUUAGUCUCCGAGGGAUUCUCUGCCAGAUACGUCUCAAUCAAUGCCACAGCAGACUGCGGUGGGACUUUCACCUCCUCUACAGGGUCCUUCAGUUCACCCAACUAUCCCGACUACUACCCCAACAAUAGAGAGUGCAUCUUCAAGAUCACUGUGCAAGUCAACAUGCAGAUUAUGCUGAACUUCACCGACUUUGUGCUCGAGGGCUCCCCUCCAUCUUGCAGCUAUGACUUUGUCGAGAUCAGGGACGGAGGCUAUGACACGUCUCCCUUGAUUGGUAAGUUCUGUGGCAAUCAGAGGCCUCCAGUCCUGGUGUCCCAUAGCAACCGUCUGUGGGUCAAAUUCCGCUCAGAUGCCAGCGUCACACGUCCUGGAUUCAGCGCCCACUGGGAUGGCACACAGUCGGGCUGUGGCGGAGUGUUGACAGCUGCCUCUGGAGGCUUUUCCUCCCCUAACUACCCCCUGCCCUAUCACCCUAAUGCUGAGUGCUACUGGACCAUCAGGACCAACCAGGGCAACCAACUCCUCCUCUCUUUCCCUGAGUUUCACUUGGAGUCCAGCUCCACCUGUGCUUAUGACUACCUGGCUGUGUAUGAUGGUAACAGCAGCAGUUCUCCACAGCUGGCCAAGUUGUGCGGCAGUGAGCUGCCCAGCACCAUCAACUCCUCCAGCAACCAGCUCUACGUCAAACUCCGCACUGACAACAGCGUCAACGCAGGAGGCUUCCUCGCAUCGUACACUGUGUAUGAUGGUAACAGCAGCAGUUCUCCACAGCUGGCCAAGUUGUGCGGCAGUGAGCUGCCCAGCACCAUCAACUCCUCCAGCAACCAGCUCUACGUCAAACUCCGCACUGACAACAGCGUCAACGCAGGAGGCUUCCUCGCAUCGUACACUGCCAAAUGCAGCGGCGUGCUCAUCUCAGGCCGACACAUAGGAGUGGUGGAGUCACUGAACUAUCCCAACAGCUACCCACACAACACCAGGUGCAGCUGGACCAUCCAGGCCAGCAGCGGAAACACCGUCAACUACACCUUUUUAUCCUUUCAGCUGGAGGCCACCUCCAGCAGCUGUCAAUUCGACUACGUCAAGCUCUUCGAUGGACCUAAUGAGCAAGCUCCUUUGAUUGGUACCUUCUGUGGAUACAACCCCCCCCCAGCCAACACCACCACAGGCUCAACUCUCACCGUGGCGUUCAGAUCAGACUCCUCUGUCUCCAUGUCUGGCUUCCAGAUGAUGUGGUACCAGAACGGUUGUGGUGGGGAGCUCUCUGGUCCUAGUGGCUCCUUCAACAGCCCAGACUACCCCAACAGGUAUCCAGAAAACAGGGAGUGUAUCUGGUAUAUCACCACAUCAGCGGGCAGCAGCAUCACCCUCACUAUCCAUGAGUUUGAUGUGGAGUACCACCAAGACUGCAACUACGAUGUGCUGGAAGUGUACGGUGGUCCGGACCUGUUGGCUCCUCGGCUGGCCCAGCUCUGCACCACCACAUCCAACCCAAUGCAGGUCUCCAGCACCGGCAACCUGCUCACAGUGCGCUUCAAGUCUGACGCCUACGUCAGUGGGCGAGGUUUCAAUGCAAGCUGGGCUGAAGUUCAGGGAGGCUGUGGAGGCCCAGUCACUGCUCCAUCUGGGGAGAUCCAUUCUCCAUCCUAUCCCAGCAGCUAUCCCAACAAUGUGGACUGUUCCUGGGUCAUCAGUGUGGAUCCCAACCAUCGUGUCUUCUUCAACUUCUCUGACCUGGACAUUGAACAUCACAGCUACUGCUCCUGGGACUACGUGGCUAUCCACGAUGGUCCAACCAUAACUUCUCCUCUGCUCGCCCGUGUGUGUGGCACCAGUCUCCCGCCCUCCAUCACCUCCACCCAGAACACCAUCUACGUUCGCUUUAGGUCCGACUCCAGCCGCAGCCACCGGGGCUUCAGCGCUCGCUUCUCUGAGGCUUGUGGUGCAACCAUCGUAACCGACGAUAACGGUGGGUCCAUCGCCUCACCACGGUACCCAGCACAGUACCCACCCAAUCAGAACUGUAGCUGGAUCAUCAGAGCACAGGAGCCAUUCAACCAUGUGACCCUGUCGUUCACUGACUUUGAGCUGGAGAUGAUCAACUCCAACUGCUCCCAUGACGCUGUCAGGAUCCUGGAUGGAGACAACUACCAGGCACCUGUCAUAGGGCGCUACUGUGGAAACGAAAUACCUCAUCCAGUGACAUCCUUCAGUACCUCUUUGGUGGUCAACUUCAUCUCCGACUACUCCGUGUCCAGGAAAGGGUUCAGAGCCACCUACUCAGCAUCCACCUCCAGUUGUGGAGGAGAUCUGGUUAUGGAGAGUGGUGCAUUUAACAGUCCUAACUAUCCAGAUGCUUACCCGCCCAAUGUGGAGUGUGUGUGGACCAUCAUAAGCUCACCAGGGAACCGUAUCCAGCUCUCAUUUAUUAUGUUUCACCUGCAGGGAGACUACGGAUGUCAAAAUGACUACCUGGAAAUCAGAGAGGGCAACUCCACUGGCCAUCUGGUUGGUCGCUUCUGUGGAAACUCGCUCCCCUCCAACUAUACCUCUGUGAUUGGUCACAUCCUGUGGGUUAAGUUUGUCUCAGACGCAUCUGUAAGCGGAGCAGGAUUUCGAGCCACCUUCUCACACUUGUAUGGCAAUGAUGUGGAGGGGGAGUUUGGUCAGAUAGCUUCCCCACUGUAUCCCAGAAUGUACCCCAAUAAUGCCCACUACCGCUGGACCAUAACUGUGGAGGGAGACAGCUACAUCCAGAUCCGCUUUUUGGACAUGGACAUAGAGGACCUGCAUGACUGCAACUACGACCACCUUAAAAUCUUUGAUGGCCCCAGUGUUCAUUACUACCCCAUUGGAACAUUCUGUGGUCUGGCCCUGCCCCCUCCCCUCAGAAGCUCUGGGAGCACGGUCACCCUGCAGUUCCAGACAGAUUCUUCAGUGGGAGGAAGAGGUUUCCUCGUGGAAUGGACAGCUGUCCAGGACUCUGGACCACCACCCACCAUCACACCAGGUGCGAGCAGCCUCUCCCCCAUGUUGGCCACUGUGUGUGGUCGAGAUCCUCCAGCUUCUCUCCACUCAACAGGCGACUCCAUGUUCAUCCACUUCUCCUCAGACAGCAGCAUUAGUGGCCGAGGCUUCAACGCCUCCUACUCCAGAGGUUGUGGUGGCCUGCUGCAUGUGGACAGGGGCGUGCUGAACAGUCCCCGCUACCCCCAGAACUACCUGCCUGGUCUGGACUGUAGCUGGCAUGUCAUGGUGACACCUGGCUUUAAGGUUUCUGUCAGCUUCCAGAGCCCCUUCCAGAUUCAGGGCUAUGGAUCUGGAUGCAGCACAGGAGACUACCUGGAGCUCAGGAACGGUCCUGAUGGUUCAUCUCCACUACUGGGGGGACGUCUCUGUGGUUCAAGUCCGCCCUCCCUCCUCCAGACCACUGACAACAACCUCUUUAUACACUUUGUAUCUGAUGCCAGCAAUGAGGCGACUGGCUUCAAGCUGACCUUUGAGGCCCACAGUCAGGCGUGUGGAGGCUUCAUUGAGUUGAAUGAUAAUGAUCCUCCAGGAUAUGUCACUUCGCCUAACUACCCUCAGAACUACCCCCAGAACACUGACUGUAUCUGGGUCAUAACUGUGCCCAAUGGAGAAGCUGUCCAAAUUGACUUUGAGGAUGAAUUCUACAUCGAGCCCACAGCCAGCUGUGUGUAUGACUACUUGGAGCUGCGUGAUGGCUCGACUUCCAACAGUGAUUUAAUCUCCCGCCUCUGUGGAAACACCCGACCCUCUACCCAACAUUCAACUGGCUCCUCCAUGCUGCUCAGAUUUCGCACUGACACCAGUGUCACGCACAAAGGCUUCAAGGCUAAGUACUCCAUAGCAACAUGUGGAGGUACCUACAUAGGUCAGAGGGGCUCAGUCCACAGCCCUGGCUUCCCAGGAUCCAACUAUCCUGACAGAUCCAGUUGUGAGUGGUACCUGGAGGGGCCCACGGGGCACUACCUCACCCUCAGCUACACCAACUUCAGCCUGCAGACCACUUCAGGAUGCUCCGCUGACUAUGUAGAGAUCAGAGAGUACAACGCCUCGGGGCGCCUCCUGGGCCGGCACUGCAGCAGUAACCUUCCAGCUUCUGUGGACACGUCUGACAGUUUUGCCUACGUCAGGUUUGUCAGUGACGCCAGCAGUAAUGCAGCUGGCUUCAGUCUCUCGUUUGAAGCCAGCGUUGAAGUCUGUGGAGGAGAGCUGGAUGCUCCCUCAGGAACUAUCUCCUCCCCCAAUUACCCCAACCUGUACCCACACAGCCGGGUGUGUCGCUGGGAGCUGGUGGUGUCACCAGGCCGCAGGGUCACACUCACCAUCAAUGACCUGCGGCUGGAAGAUUCUGGGAGUUCCUGUGCAUAUGACUACGUUGAGAUACUGAACGGGUUGGCAGUUGAUGCCCCUCGCUUGCAGAAAUUCUGUGGUACAGUACCAGCAGGCACACAGGUGCGCUCCUCCGGCAACACCAUGACGGUUGUGUUCCGCACCGAUGCUUCUGUGUCCAAUGGAGGCUUCACGGCUUCUUACUCAUCCGAGGAGCCUGCAGAGUGCGGUGGAAUCCUGAACAACCCAGCAGGCGGAAACUUCACUUCCCCUGGGUACCUGGUGUCCAACUACAGCAACAACCUCAACUGCGAAUGGUUGAUUCAGAACCCACAGCACAUCAAUUCCUCUAUUGUGGUGCUGAUAGAAGACCUGCACCUGGAGAACCACCAGACCUGUGAGUCGGACUACCUCCAGUUCCGCUUAGGUGACUCAGAUGGAGAGCUGUUGGCCAAGUUUUGUGGACAGACCGCCCCCAACAUUCCCAUUGUGGUCUUUACCCCAGAGCUCUGGGUCCACUUCAAGACUGACGCCUCCCAGGGGGACCUGGGCUUCAAGGCUAAGUACUUGUUCUCUGAGUGUGGAGGCUGGCAGUCAGGUGAAGGAGGGGCACUCUCCAGUCCUAACUACCCCAACAUUUACCCCAGCCCCAGUCGCUGUGCUUGGCUGCUGGAGGCCCCUGUGGGCCACACUAUCACGCUAACCUUUAGCUACUUCAACCUGGAGCCCCACUCUCAGUGCGGCUGGGACUCUGUCACCAUCUUCAACGGAGGGUCGCCUGGCUCCCCUGUUAUAGGCCAGUACUGUGGGACCACCUCCCCAGGAACCAUCCAGUCUGGAUCCAACAAGCUUGCCGUCGUCUUCCUGGCUGACCAUAGUGUUUCCAGAGGAGGCUUUGUGGCCUCCUGGUCUGCUGAUUCCUCAGGUUGUGGAGGGGUGAUCCAUGCUGAUACAGGAACGAUCAAGUCUCCGAACUAUCCCCAGAACUUUCCAGCCAAUGUGGAGUGUUCCUGGCAGAUCAUCGCCCAUGAGGGGAACCACCUGGAGAUGAGCUUCAUAGGAGAUUUCCAGAUUCCAGACAGCACUGGGACCUGCCAGAACAGCUAUGUUAAGGUGUGGUCAGGCCAGACCCAAAACGCUGAGGCCCUGCUCUCAACAGGCUGUGGCUCUGUGGCCCCGGGCCCCAUCAUUGCUCCAUAUAACAUCAUAACAAGCAGAUUCCAGAGCACUGGACCCCCCGGCAAAGGCUUCUCAGCCUCCUUCAGCACCAGGUGCGGCGCAAACUUCACGGCUUCCAGCGGUCGGGUGGUUUCUCCAAAUUAUCCAGUCGACUAUCCCGACUAUUCCAACUGCAACUACAUCAUAAACGCCGGAGAACAGACUAUAGUCGUCGUCACCUUUCAGGUCUUCCAAAUAGAAGCACACUCCACCUGUCUGUAUGAUGGGCUCAAGAUCUACAGCCUGACCACUGGUGGCCCUGCCAUUGCCACUCUGUGUGGGAGCAGCAUUCCGGGGCCCUUCUCCACCUUUGGCCCCAUGAAACUCCACUUCUACUCUGACUCUGUGAUCACUGAUGCUGGCUUCAUGGCACAGUACAGAACCUAUCCAUGUGGUGGUUUCUACAACAGCAGUAUGGCCUCAGUGAGCAGCCCGGCACUCUCCAUGACCAACUACCAUCACAACAUCAACUGUACCUACCAUAUCAUGGUCCGAGCAGACAGAGUGAUUGACAUCAAGUUUAACACCUUCCACCUGGAGGCGUCCUCUUCCUGUCGCUAUGACUACGUGGCGGUGUAUGAUGGACAGGACACAAUGGCACCCUUGCUGGGGAAGUUCUGUGGCGCAGUGCUCCCGCCUAACCUGCGCUCCUCCACCAACCAGCUGUUCAUUGUCUUCAGAACUGAUGCCACGGUGAAUGGGAUUGGCUGGAGGCUGACCUACAGUGAGACACUUGGUCCGGCGCAGGGAUGCGGUGGCUACCUGUCCAUGCCCAUGGGCAUGUUUGGUUCUCCAGAUCCAAACCUAGACGGGCGCUAUGAGCCCAGGAUGGACUGCAUGUGGACCAUUGAGAUGCCGGUCAACAAGGCCAUCAACCUGACCUUCGAGUCCUUUGACCUUGAGAGCUCCUCCACCUGCCGCUACGACUAUGUCAAAGUGUAUGAUGGUGACAACAUGAACUUCCCUCUGGUUGGCACAUUUUGUGGAAGCUUCAUUCCUGCUUAUUUUGUAUCCAGCGGAAACUUCCUGACCGUUCACUUUGUCACUGAUGGCUCAGUGCAGAAACGAGGCUUCAACGCCACCUACAGAGCUGUGCCAUUGGUUUGCGGUGGGAUUCUGAAUGCCACAACUGCCAUCCAGACCCUGACCUCACCUUUCUUCCCCAAUGCCUAUCCUCCUCACACCUCCUGCCGCUGGAUCCUGGAUGCUCCAGCCCAGGAAACCAUCAAAGUGGCAGUCCAGACCUUUUCCCUCCAGCCCAGCCAGAGCUGCUCCGAAAACUACCUAGAGAUGAGGGACUGGCCGAUGGGAGACUAUGGGCAGUCACAUAAGUUCUGUGCAUCAGAUGAUCAUCCACCAGACUUCUACAGCUACAGCAGAACAAUCCACGUACACUUCAGAUCUGACACCUUCAUGACAGGAAAUGGCCUGAGUUUCACCUAUCAGAUCGCCAGCUGUAGCCGAACCUAUGAACAGGAAUACGGGUACCUGAAGAGUCCAGGCUGGCCGGAUAUCUACCCCCACAACAUAGACUGCACCAUCAUUCUGAAGGCACCACAGAACAGCUACAUCUCCUUCUUCUUCAACAACUUCGAUCUGGAGAGCCACACCGACUGUAGAUUUGACUACCUGGAGAUUCGUAAUGGCAGUACAGCGGACUCACCACUGUUUGAUCGCUUCUGCGGCAGCACCUUGCCCAGCCCCAUCUUUCCACAGUCCAACCUGCUCUACCUGCGCUUCAAGAGUGACUUCUCCAACGCCCGCGAUGGCUUCGAGGCCACAUGGACGUCCUCCCCUCACGGUUGUGGUGGCACUCUGUUCGGUGACCAUGGCUCUUUUGCAAGCCCCAACUACCCAGGCACCUAUCCCAACAGCACCCACUGUGAAUGGGUUAUCAGGGCACCCAGAGGUCGUGUGGUGACCGUCACCUUUGCCCAGAUCAGUAUUGAUGACCCUGGAGACUGCCAGAACAACUUCUUGAAGUUGUACAAUGGCCCUGACACCUCCUCACCGCCUGUUGGACCUUACUGUGGAGUGGAAACCAACAUCGCUCCAUUCACAGCCUCCUCCCAUCAAGUCUACAUCGUCUUCAGUGCCCAGUACGCCACCCUGCCGUCAGGCUUCAGACUCACCUGGAGCAGCUGAAAUAACGGCCUUCAAUAGACACACACACACACACACACACAGACAGUUGCUGACUAAUUUCCUAAUCAUGUUUUACACGCCUGCUGUGCAUUUAUCUUCAAUCAAACCAAUGUAAUAAUAAUAAUAAUGAUGAUAAUGAUAAUGAUAAUGAUAAAAAUAAAUCUAUACUAACAUAACAAA